AUGAAAUAUUGUUUUCUUUAUUUAGGUGUUUUUCUUUUUGCUAAUUGUGCUAAUGCAUUUUUAACUAAUAUUGGCAAAGUAGCUGUUGGUCGAUUACGACCACAUUUUAUUCCAUCAUGUUUUCACAAAACUUCUUAUAAAGAAUUUUGUCGUGAUCCAAAUGAAUGGAUUGUUGAUUAUAAUUGUUUCGCAGAAUCAAGUAGUGUUUUUAAAGAAAAAGAUGGUGCUUAUGAUAUUCGUCAAUCAUUUCCAUCUGGUCAUGCAUCAACAGCUUUCUGCGGUUUAAUCUUUUUGGCUUUUUAUAUUCAUAAAGUUUGGAAUUAUCGUAAUUUUGGUCUAUUUCCAUAUCUUAUGGAAAUGGGUUGUUUUGCUUUAGCUUCCUAUAUCGGUAUUACACGUAUUACAGACAAUCGUCAUCAUCCUACAGAUGUUCUUGGUGGUGCCAUUCUAGGAACGGCUGUUGCUUUUAUUGCUUUUCGCUAUAUGAUUGGUUCAUUUAAAAAAUUCGUUCGACCAGAUCUUGCUUCUCAAUCAUCAGCAUACUAA